CAAAGACAGAGAACGAACAAGGUCCGCCGUACUCUAAGGACGUUGGACCUAAAAGACCCAAAAGCCAAGUAAAAUGAAAGUCUUCAAAGUGAACUUCAGUCUUCUUUUAAGGUACAGCGCAACAUAAGCUUCAUUUAAGGGUUCUCCUUUCGACACUUUCAUUCAUCUGGCAUUUCCGAAGCUCCUUGCACUGUCCUUACAAGCUUGCACAAAAUGGAAGACGACGCUGCUUUUGAUGGCCUUGCGGAGGAUGACUUGAUGGACGACGCGGAGGUGGACACUAUGGUGCGGGAGUCGAUAAACGCAGCUAUCGGUGACAACCAAUUCGCCCAUAAUAAAAUUGACUCGUGGAGUAACAACAUUGUCGAGGGCUGUCUGAAACGACUCGCGGCUAUGAACAAGCCCUUCAAGUAUAUCCUGACAUGCAACCUCAUGCAGAAAGCAGGGGCUGGGCUACAUGCUGCAAGUUGUGCGAGAUGGAAUGAAAAGACGGAUGGGAAGCUGACGGUGCAGUGGGAGAACAACACAAUGAUCGUGUUGGUGACUGUGUACUGGCUUGCAGUUUGAACUUCAGUUUUAGUCAGGGAUCAUGGUUGCGUGGUGAGACCUAGGGAGAUUGGCCUUUGCUGGCCUGCGGUCGGGGUGGACUCGGGUAAGGGACGGUGCCUGGGGUUGACCCAGGGGCCGCCAUGCAUUGGGCAAUUAGUCUUUGAUGUGCACAUAUGGUCAAGGUCCUAUGGAGCAUCAAACAUUCUAUUUGGGGUAGGUGAUUAGCUGGAGGAAUCUAUCGUCAUAGGCUUGGGCCAGCAGGGCUGAUACGAGAAGUGGUUGGCAAGGCGGUUCUUCUGGCUGGUUCUUGCAUGCUGAGACUGUGCACAUGCAGACGAUCUUGCCAAGAUACUUCACAUUUACACAACGCAGUUAAUUGUUGCGGACGUAGGCGAACGCUGGUCCUACCAGACAUUUACAAAGGCAUUUGUUUUCUGAGGGACUUUGACUUUGCAGUAAUUUACCGUAACAUAGUGAUUGCCUUGCAUGAUACCUGCGGGUGGAAGCUUGGAGCGCGGAUCUUGUCGAGCUUGGAAAGCUUUCCGGGCACAAGCCAACAUCCUUGCAAAGCAACUUGUAACCUUCACCCUCGACACCAUUUAUACAACUUCUCAAUGCUCCUUAGCUGGCAACUUUGCGGGGCCUUCGUCAGCGAGGCCUCUAUGCCUUCGAUGUCCGGUGUCGUGGGGAGUCAGCCAUCGCCGUGCCACGCACCGCUGCCGCGCGUCUGAGCCUAGCCCCCCAAUUAUCGCCAGCGAUGAAUUAUACAGUCAAGGCACAGAACGCCCGGCAUUCGAUGAUAAGGGCGGCCGGUCCGGUGCACGCUCAGGCCUCGGGCUGUCGGCGGCUGCAUCAGCCGCCGCAGCCGCAGCCACCACCCCUGCCCCUGCCAAGAAGCACAAAAACGGUCCGAAGCAACGCAUACGACUGGACGAGUACUGCUUGCAGCUCGCUCCGCAGUACAGCCGCAACGUCAUACAGUCCUUCAUCCUGCAGGGCAAGGUCCGUGUGGAUGACAAGGUGGUGACCAAGGCCGGUGCUCCGGUGCUGUUGGGGCCCGGCGGCCCGCAGGUGGUGAUUGACGCCGAGGAGCCCAAGUACGUGUGUCGUGCGGGCCUCAAACUGGAGAAGGCUCUGGAGCUCUGGGGCAUUGAUGUCAGGGGCCUGACCGCACUCGACUCGGGGCAGUCCACGGGGGGGUUCACGGACUGCCUGCUGCGGAAUGGGGCGGCGAAGGUGUACGGCAUUGACGUUGGCUUCAAUCAGUUGGCCGACAGGAUUCGGCGGGACGAGCGAGUGGUGGUGAUGGAGAAGUUCAAUCUACGUCAUCUGCGGCCUCAGCACCUGCCGUGCAAGGUAGACAUUGCCACGCUGGAUCUGUCCUUCAUUUCCGUACUGCUGGUGGUGGGUGCGGUCACCAGCGUGCUGCGCCCCGACGGGGGUCGUCUGGUGGUGCUCAUAAAACCGCAGUUCGAGGCCGGUCGGCGGCAGGUUCGCGCGGGCGGCAUCGUGCGGGAUCCCCAGGUGCACGCGGAGGUUUUAGAGCGCGUCACCGGGGGCAUCCAGGCGCACGGCUACGAGCUGGUGGGCACCACAGAGUCCCCCAUCAAGGGCGACAAGAGCGGCAAUACGGAGUUCCUGGCCUACUUCAUCCGCCGACCAGAGCUGGGCAAGGCGGCGAUGGCGAAGGUCGUCGAGGGGGAGGAGGAGGAGGAGGAGGAGGAGAAGGAGGGCGCUGACGGCGCGGGGCUGGAAGUGGCGGAGGAACCGUCCCCGGCGCUUCGUCAGUAA